AUGGCUGCCUCCAUGAACACAGCUCUGUCUUUGGAAGAAAAUAUUCUAAGAGAUAUCAAAACCCAAUUUUUCGAAAUGGUACCAAUUAGACGAAUGAAAUGGAAGACUAAACAAUCAAUAGAUGAUAAAGAUAUCUCACCAGAUAUGCAGAGGGCAGUGCUGAAAGCCACUGUUCAACAUGCCAUUUGUAAACAGUAUCCACCAUCUCUCAGCUAUCAACGUGCAUUUGUUAAAAGCAUCUUGCAUAAGCUUGAGGACAUUGAUGCAGAUAUCUGUGACGAAAUCUAUGAAACUUACUCUGAUCUUUUACAACAAAAGGAGGAGGAAGAUGAUACACUGUGUUACAAAACCUACACACUGCCAUGUGGAAAUACUGUCAGCCUCCAGGAGUCUGUUCAUCUAAUUUCCCAAGGGACCACAGGACUUAGUACUUGGCAGGCAGCCUUACAUUUAGCAGAAUGGUGUUCUGAAAAUACCAAGUUCUUGGAAAACAAACGUGUAAUGGAGUUAGGCAGUGGACUUGGACUUACUGGGAUAACUGUGUGUCGUAAGUGCCAGAUGAAGUCGUACACAUUUAGUGACUGUCACCACCAGGUGCUCUACCUUCUCAUGAAGAACAUUGAGACUAACUUUGCCAAACAAACACAUCUGUCACAGCCAACAUUCACACCAAGCGACAUAUUCCCAUCCACAUCCAAAGAGUGCACGGACAAAAAAGACGGACGUAUGAUGAAGUCAAUCCGCCGUCAAUUGAGCAUAAAUGCGGAACCUUCAAAUCUGUGUUCUGUAAGCAUGUGUUCAGAUAUUAUGGAGAUUAGCUACACUUCAACUGCCUCAUCCUCAUAUGAUGAUGAAAACAGUGAGGACAUAUUUUCCGAUCAGAAUGAUUUUCAUAUUGAGUCUCAGAAUUGGGUUAUGGAUGAUUGUCUCCCUGGAAUGUACUUUUUCAAUCCGGAUGAGAGAAUUCGACUUUUGAAAUAUGAUUGGGAAACCUCAGAUGAUCGGAUACUUUGGGAUGUAGCUCCUGACAUCAUUCUUGCUGCAGAUGUUGUGUAUGAUAAAUCCAUCAUGCCUGCUCUAGUGUCUGUCUUGAGGAAACUGCUGUCUUUGGAAAUCGAGAACGGUCAAAGAGCAACAGCUUUCAUAGCAUCUACCAUCAGAAAUGAGGACACACGGGACCACUUUCUUAUUGUAUUAGCAAAUGAAGGACUCACCUAUGAAAUAGUUGAUUCCCCAAAGAAGAGGAUUUUCCACUAUGAAGAUACCAUUCCAAUAGAGAUUCUCAAAAUUCAGUGUCCAUCUGGCAGUUGAUACAAAGAUAUAGACUCAUGACCAACACAUCUGUAGUCAUGUGUAGUGUUUUCACUUAAAACUUUAAAAAGUUCUUAAAUAUUGUUUGUCACACAUCACUACCUUAACCAAGUGUAUUAAGACUUUGUUAUUUAUUGUCAAUCAGAAAGAAAUUAUUAUUAUGUCUUUUUCAUCAGGGACUUAAAACUUAUAAUUUGGUGGUACAAAAGUGGAAGAUAUUGAACCAGUGCUGAUGUAAUGGGAAAAGAGCACAUUGAUAAGUCUUCUCUGUUAAAUAAUCCAUUUUCUCAAAUUUUUAAGUAGGCGUAUAUGAAAGUAUUCAAGAAUCAGAAGGUGAAUUCAUUAUUACAAUAUACAUCAGUGUUAGGUUCUAUUUUCCCAUGUACACAGUAUUUACAAUAACUUAAACAAAUAAAAUUCCCUGUAAGGCUAGGGAAUUUUUACUGAAACACUAUCAGUAAGAUUUUCACUAUGGAGUUCAUCCUGAUAUUCCAUGCCAUGAGUAAAGUAAUUUGAUUGGGUCCAGGAGGGAAAAAAAGGGACCAAUCAUAGGCUUAUACAUUCGUUUUGAAGAUUACAACUUCAGAUCCAUUACAAUAUACCGUUAUACAACCUCGAGAUUUAUUUGAUGUACGGCAAAGGAUCAAAGCAGUCUUUUUUGUCUUGUCCACAAGAUGUUGCACAUGGCACCUUCAAUUUUGCCAUGACAUGGUCCAGGGAUAGAGAGUGAAAGUGAUUGUAAACCCAGGUGUAUCGAGGAUGUAAUGAGUUAUGGAUGAUCAUGAUGGGUUUAUCUGAUAAUGUUGUGAUGGUAUAUAUACAUGUUAUAUUAUAGUUAUAACAUUGAUGUAACAGACCAGUUAUGUGAUUCCAAUAUUGACAUUAAUUGAUUGGAUGUAUCACUUAAUGUAACAGUCUGGUUAAUAUCAUGAUUUUCUAU